UCAUUUUUUUUUUUGACAUAAAAAUAAUUUCCGUAAAGUCUCAUUGAACAAAAAAGUAUAAAAAAUCCUGCCUUUUUACUACCUAUUUUUUUAGGCAUGUUACCGGACACAAAGAAUUAUUUAGGCUUUGGGAAUGCACAGGUGAAACAAAAACUCUUUGAGGCCCGAGAGGAAUUCCUUUCUUCGAAAUAUAACAACUUUUUGGACAAAACGUGAUUAUAAGAUAGUAUAUAAUGAUAACGAUACAAAAUAUCGGGAACUAAUUAGAAGGCUCGUCAAAACAACGCUAUGUAUAACGAUUUCCUGUGUACAAGUUUACAAAUUAUAUUAAGACGUUUUUGCAACCAGAAAGAACACGCAGUUUUAACCCAUUCAUCAAAGAAGUUCCUCGCGGGCAUCAUAAAGUUCAGUAAAGUAUUUUUUUUACUAAAUUCUAAAUAUGUAAGUUGAUAUUGACACGAUAUCAUUCGUAAUUAUAUAAGCCUUCCGUCCGUAAGUUUCCGGUGGUUUCCGUACAAUCAGAAUCGGCUAUUUCCGUGGUUUGGGCCGGGCCGGGUUUUAUUAAUAACCACGUUUGAACGCGCUAAAUUUAGAACCGGAGAUCUAUCUUACUUUCAUUUUCACAUUUUUUUCCUUUACGAUUAUGACAUUUUCUGUAAGUUUUUUUUUUUCACAUGGAAGGUACUCUAUAUGUUGUUUGGAUAGAUUGUAAGCAAGUUAGUGAAGAAACAAUUUUUAUUUUUAAAACAUACUGGCAAUUUAAAAGAACUUGUUCGUUGUUGUUCCUUUAUAGCAAUUGAACAAGCCUGGGGAUCAGUCCUUAUAAUUUUAGGACAAGUGGCGCCCCUAGCGUUAAAAUUUAUCAAAAUUUGCCGGUUCCCGGCUUCGUUGAAGUCAAGGAACUUAGUGUAUGGUGGAUAGUGCAUUGUCGCUGUGCCAAGUGUCGAAAUUUCUUUUUUUCCUAUUUUAAACUGUAAUUAAUGCAAACGCAUUAUGGAAGAGCUACUUUACAAAAUCAAAAUACUUAUAUGACGGUCGUGCGUGGGUAAGAAUCAUGGCGACCAAAACCCUAGAGGCAUUCACCACAAUGCGUCCCAAGUUUGUGACAAAGACCUUACCGCCACCACGAACUACUGUAAAUCACUCUAGUGACGACAAUGGCGGCCCAAGCUGGGGCCUCAUUAUUCCUAUUAUAAUGAUUGGGAUAUUUCUGGCUAGUGUGGCUAUCUGUCUUUGGUGGCAUAAAUGGAGAGAUAAACGAACCCUGCACAUACAUCGGGACCACAGUUCCGGCUCGUCAUUCCUCCGUAGCUACCGUGGUCAGAGGUCAAACCGGAGUGGUUUCGACGCGGUUCGAGAUUCGACACGGUCAACUACACCAUUACGUAACAGUCUGAAUGAGAAAAUUGCAAACAACAACAAUAACAUUGUUAAAGUUAAAAAUGUAAAUGUCAUACCUGUACAACAAAGGCCUAGAACUGGAAAAUAUGCAUAUACAUGGGACAAAAAUCACUGGAAGGCCUACGCGACUCCAACGACCAUGUCAAGCAGCGGACGUUUGGGUACAAAACCUCUGUCACCAAUAAAUGAAAUAGAAUCUCCAUCUUCGGUAAAGCUGUCGGAAUUGUCGAGAAACUAUGAUAUUGGUGCUCAAGCGUCAUUUUCACCCUAUCAUCUGACAUGGUUCUCGUCCUCCAAACUGCCACCACCGUAUGACAGAUCUGAUUCCCACAACAGAGGUAACCGGGUCAACCGCUACCCGCCAACGGCACGCCGAUCUAGCACUGAGUAUACACCAGCACAGAAUAAUGCCUUCGAACCGACGGUUAACUCGCCAUUCUUCCCUAAUAACAACACCCCAACGACGGAAUGUGAUACGGGCAGUGAAGCUUCGCAGAUACACCACGAAGACCACCGUCAAGGAUCUCAGUACACCAGCUACCCAUCUAGUCCAAAGUCUUCCAUCCCAUCAAUUUCAAACACCCGUUUGUCUAUCAGUACAGAUACCGAAAUCAACCGGACCGGUACAUCAUACCCGGAAUCCUCAUUUCGGACCUGUACCACAUCAUACGAUCAGAGUCAAAGUGGUGGGUUUCAAACAUCCACAAAUCCAUCCGGACUAACCAGCACUACAGAACAAGCAAGUACAAAUUUCAGUAGUCUACCAAGUAGUAUAGCGCCGUUCAGUAAACAGAACCUGUUACCUGACGACAAUAACAACAGCAUGAUGGUGCCAAACGCCUAUCUAUCAUUUCCGAUGUCGAAAGUAUUGAACUAUACAUUAGCGAGCAGCGUCGCGUCUUCGGAUACCCACGCCUCCGAAAAUACGUCACUAUUGCCAAAUAUCGGAAGUAACAACACCUCCGGUUAUCCGGGGACGACAGCAUCUAGGUCGUACCCACACAGUACCGGACCGACCAGUCCAGAAGACCUGUCGAAGCUCGUGGAUGAAAUGUCGAGUAUCCGGCCGGUUGAAGAAUCGUCGUCGGUGCGAGUGAAUUCCUCUAUUGAACCGGCGUCCCAUAUUGUGAGUAUUUCCGGUAACAGCGUGUUGACGGAUCUUCACAGAAGCUGGAGUGUGGUCGGUGAAAUGGAGCGAUCGUCCAUGACUUCAACUAACACUGAAAGCCAGCCCUCUCUUCAGAAUGGAUCACUCUACUGGGACAACUAUCCCUGGAGCCAGGCUGGGUCCAAGUCGUAUCCGGAUCUUCCGCUACAGAUGCACGAUAGUUUCGUACAACAAUCACGUCAGUACAGCUAUCAAAGACCUGUGUUGAUGGAAACGCAAUACUGGGUGUAAAUUCAGUGUGCUCAAAGAAAAAAAAAUGGCAUAACUUUAACCGCUGAUAAAAUUUGCGCAAUUGAAUGGUUAUAUCUGUUUAAGAGAGCUGAAAAGACAGAGACAGAUUUUUAGGGUAAAGAUACCAGUAAACUAAAGCAAACAAUACUAUGAUAAUAAUGUAAUAGUUGUAUUUAUUUCUACAUGUGUCUAACAUGCAUUUACAAAUAAUUGUUGAGUACAUUCUUCAACUACAAAUGUGUAUAAAAUAUACAGUUAUAUUCGUCUAAUUUGUGAAAUAUUUCUUCCUUAUCAAGCAAUAAAAGUCUUGAACGCAGUGAUACAAG